UUCAUCACAGCAGCGACUUCUUCCUUCCUUCCAGUUUCCUAUUAAGUUAUUAGUAUUAGUCACAGGAUGCUUUUUUCUGGAAUGAGAUGUAACACCAGUGUCUAAAUUAUCACCUGGUGUUGACCAUCAAGGAGUAUUCAAUGCAAAAAGAAAAGAAAGAGACAGACGCAACAUGAACAGCCACGCUCCUCAUCACCAGUCUGCUGGCUCCGGGCGAAGACCUCACGACUGUAGGAUUGCGAUGAAAUUUCAUCCUGUGGAUGUGACCAAGAUUCCUGUGUGUCCUGCUUCGAAGCAGUCUUCUACAAAGCCGCCAUUCUGUGGCUGUCCCAACGACUUGGAAACUAAAUGCUGGAAGUGCUGUAUGCCUGGUGUCAUCGAGACCCGACUGUUGAGGCAGCCAGUCGAGUGUGUGAAGCCAAGAUGUAACUACAGCAUCCCCUCCAUACCUUGCUACGACCCACCCAGACACGUUGCUGAUAGGUGCGACCCGCUCUGCUUUGAAUGGACGGUUGAUGAGCCUGGUCCUAACGACAGUUACGGUUUGAACGGCCUCAACUGGUACGACUGGCAGAUGGAAAGACGCUUUAGUAACACGCCGUUAUUGGAAUCAAAGACCUUUGGCUACAAACCAGCACACCCGGGAUUCAAUAUAAAACCCCCACUGGCCAACACUCCAAUCUAUGUGUGUACACGCCCCAUUGAAUGUUAUGCCCGAUCCGAAAAUCCCUGCAAAACGUCUCCUUUCGCAACGGACAUCAAUUACUUCAGGGACUGGCGCUGCUGCGAAAUGAAGCCACCCCAGCCCUGGAAACCGCCUUACGCUCAUUGGGCUACCAGAGUGGAUGUCUAAGUUUCUACAACAACCAAUUCCAUUGCCUUUGAUGUCGUCGGGUAUAUUCCAUUCCAAUGCGCAAACUUCUCUUUUAUCGCGUUCAGUGAACUAGGGAAACAAACGCUCUGUGGUGAAUUGUAUUCCAUGGUGUUCACAUUCGACAAUUUCAAACAACAGGCCAUUAAGCAGGACGCACAUACUUACACACACACAAACACACAAACACACACACACACACACACACACACACACACACACACACACACACACACACUCACACACACACACACGCACACACACGCAUACAUACUCACAUACACACACAUUCACGCGUGCAGGCACAAGCAAUAGAACGAAAGAAUACUAGUUUUGCUAAACGCAAAGUGGUGCACGCGAUGUAAUGGUGUCAAAAUACACUCAAAGGUGUUUGUUUUGGAAAAACUAUC